AAAACAAAAAAGCGUAUUUGAUAUCUUUUAUUAAAUCCUCUAUACUCUAACAAUUCUUUUGUCCUUUCCUCUCCAUAUUAACCUGGCAAUAAAUACAUUCCAAGUCAUUUUCUCUUCUUGCUAUCAUUUCCACAAUCUGAUUCUUGAUUUGAUGGCUAGUGCUGCUGUAAUUUCUCUUCUUCAAACUCUUGAGCAACGAAACCCAGAACUCUUUCAUAAUCAAACUGCUAAUACGCUCGAAUCUCUUCGUGCUACUGCUGAAUAUAUUCUAAAUGUCCUUGAAAAACUUAGCAAGAGUAGGUUUGACCCUGAAAAAAUCAAAUCUUUGGAGGAAAAAAUAAGAGUUGCUGCUAGUGAUGCAGAAGAUGUUGUUGAGGUGAAGAUUUUUCAAAUCAUUAGAGGCUUAAGCUGGACAUUUGGAAUUUUACAACACCAGGAUUUGCUCCCAAUUGUUGAAAAAAUGGAUAUAACAAAGAAAGAAUUGAUGGAAAUUGUUUCCGAUUUUAGCACAAGUACUCAUGACGCUGAUGAUAAUCUAAUUCUUGAAUCUACUCUAGAUUCCAGGAUUGGCACUUCUUCUAGAAGUAAUCUAAUGCUGGGAAAUUUGGAAGAUGAUAUCGUGCAGGGACUUGAUGAUGACUUGGAGAUCAUAGUUAAAAGAUUGACAGGACCACCGUCGGAUCUAGACAUUGUCACAAUAUCUGGCAUGGGUUGCAUUGGUAAAACAACGCUCGCUAGAAAAGCUUAUGAUAAUCUCCCAAUCAGGUAUCAUUUUGACAUUCGUGUUUGGGUUACAAUAUCUCAAGAAUAUCGCAGUAGAAAUGUGUUGUUAGAUGCUUUACAUUGCAUUUCGAAACAAACAAAUAUUGUCAAAGUAAAUGAUUAUGAUACUAUGGAUGACUGUGAGUUACCUGACCUAGUGCAGAAAAACCUAAAGGGUCCAAGAUACCUUGUUGUUGUUGAUGAUAUUUGGAGUAGGGAUGUUUGGGAUAGUAUAAGAGGAAUAUUUCCAAAUUACAACAAUGGGAGUCAGAAUCUUAUUGACUACUAGGGAAACAGAGGUAGCGAUGUAUGCAAAUACUAGUAGCUCUCAUGAGAUGAACCUCCUGACUUUAGAAAACAGUUGGAAGUUACUUCGUGAUAAGGUGUUUGGACCAGAAAAGGAUUAUCCUCCUGAGUUGGAAAAAAUUGGAAAGAAAAUAGUAGAAAAAUGCCAAGGACUACCCUUGACAAUUUCAGUGAUUGCAGGGCAUCUCUCUAAAAUGGACAUGACAUUAGAAAGUUGGAAGGAUGUUGCCCGAACAUUAGGUGAUAUAGUUGCUAGUCAACCAGAUAAAUGCUUAGGAGUGCUCGGUUUGAGUUAUCACCACUUGCCUAAUCACCUCAAACCUUGCUUUCUUUCUAUGGGUGAUUUCCCAGAGGAUUUUCAGGUUGAGACUUGGAGAUUGAUCCAAUUAUGGAUUGCGGAAGGUUUUAUAAGGACGUCUGGAAGUGUUAAAAGGUUGGAGGAAGUGGCAGUAGAUUAUUAAACGAAACUUGAUAAUGGCUAUAAAAAGGAGAUUCAACGGUGAAAUAAGAACAUGUGGAAUGCAUGAUCUACUGCGUGAAUUCUGUUUGAUAGAAGCUAAAAUGACAAAGUUUAUGCAUAUGGAGAGGGAUGAGCUACCCGUCCCUACUCUUCCAAAAGAAAAGCACAUUGUCCGUCGCUUCAGUUUUCAAACCGAACACCAUUCAGUUGAUGCUUGUCGUAAGCUAUUACCCCCUGUUGCCAGAUCUAUCUAUGUAUUUUCUACAUCAAUGGAAACUUUUUUACCCUUUUACGAGUUUCUUGACAGCCUUCUGGGCAUUGCACGCAUAACCCGGCGUCAUUAUAUAUUACGUGAUUUUUUCUCCCGUUUCAAGCUUCUCAGGGUGUUGGCGAUCUUCAAUAAAGUUGAAAGGUUCCGUACAUUUCCACUCGAGAUCACAAAGUUAUUUCAUUUGAGAUAUCUCCAAGUUUUUUUUUCAGGCGAUAUUCCUGAAUCAAUCUCAGAGCUUCAGAAUUUGCAAACUCUAAUUAAUCAUGGGGGAAAAGGUAGACUUCUUACAACUUCACCAGGGAAGAUAUGGGUGAUGAAUAACUUGAGGCAUAUACAUUUAGUAUUCGAGAUCAACAUCAUCUUGUGAUAGGGAUGCCAAAUCUAGAGGAACUUUCUGGUCUCUGUUCUUUAAGUUGUACAACUGAAGUCUUUUCUCGCAUUCCCAAUUUAAAGAGAUUGGUUGUCUAUGAAAUUUCAUCUAGGAGAGAGGGUAUGGCCAAUCGCCUCAUCGAUAUGUCCAACUUGACAAAACUCGUAACAUUGAAGUGUUGGGAGUAUGAUGUUCCGAAACCUAUCUCCAUCAAGAUGUUUGUUUUCCCAACAUCACUUAAGAGGUUGACUUUAUAUGAGUUCCGUUUUCCUUGGAAAGACAUAUCAACUCUUGCCAUGUUGCCAAAUCUUGAAGAGCUCAAACUUAAAUAUAAUGCAGUCAAGGGUGGCGUAUGGAGAUUAAGUGAUGAAGACAAGUUCGAAAGCCUAAAGCUUUUGUUAAUUGCAACUACAACUUUCUUUCAUCAUUGGGAAGCUAGCAGUGAUAACUUCCCAAAUCUAAAACGCCUUGUUCUCAAUAAUUGCCACUGCCUCAAACAAAUUCCGACAGAUUUUGGGGAAAUUUGUAGUUUGGAGUCAAUUGAAUUACAUUAUUGCAACACUACUGCUGAGGAUUCUGCAAGAAAGAUUAAACAAGAACAACAAGACAUGUGAAAUACUUCCCUUAAGGUCGAAAUCCAUGAACUUCGCAGGCUUUGAAGCUUAUUUCCAAGGGCGAAGGUACAUUAUUCGGAGGGUGGUCAAUUGACCGAUCUUUGUCGAAAAAAUAUUAGGUUUUAGAGGUGUAUAAUAUAUACUGAAUAUCCUUUGUUAGGAAUUUGUUUUUCACUUUUUACCUUUGCAAAAAUUUCUGAUUUCGCCACUAUUUAUUUCGAGGGACCAUUCCCAAUGGGAACCUUUUAGUUUAUAUUUUCAAACUUUUAUGUCCUUAUCGGUUGUUAAAUUUGUGUUUUAAGGAAUAAGCCAUGUUUAAUGCAAGUCUCACCCAUUUGUGAUUUAGUAUUUUGUAAACCACAACUAUUAAUGUAUAUGUAAUAUCUAUUUUGUUUUA